UCCAUUUUUAGCUGUCAAUCAAAUACGCCAUAUUAAGCGGUGUCCCAAUAAUAGGGUUAGGGUUUGGUCAGCCCCUGAGGAAAGUCUGUUUCCUCUGUGACUGGGACCUUACCCAUUUUCUACAGAAUUGAGGAGAGGAAUCAACGAGAAGGAAGCGAGGAACGAAAAAUGAGAUUCAUCCUAUGAUGUGUAUGUGCUUCGUGUGUAGUUUUCACGUGACUGAUUUCCUGCUGCCUUGCAUCAGCUCCACAGAGUAAAAACGGGAGUGACAGUGCUUGGAGGAGAUGAGUGAUCAGGAUGACCAUGUCAAAAGUUGGGUGGAAAGUCGCGGAAAGAUCACGGGCACUAACUCCCACUUGAACAAUGAAAGCAGCUCCAUUUUGGGAGAACACAACCAUCAGCUGCCCUCAGGACAGGACAGUGUCAGCCUGGAGUCUGAGGACCUCUUUCCACUUUUGGAGACUAAGUUGUACAAGCGGCGCUGGCUCAUGCUCCUGGUCUUCUCUUUGUACUCCAUGAGUAACGCCUUCAUGUGGCUGCAGUACAGCAUUAUCAGUGACAUCUUCAUGAACUUCUACAGCAUCAACUCUCUGGCAAUAGACUGGCUGUCCAUGAUCUACCUCCUUACAUACAUUCCCUUCAUCCUGCCUGUAACAUGGAUGCUGGACAAGCGUGGCCUGAGGGACAUUGUGUUAGUGGGCUCAGCCUUCAACUGCAUUGGAGCUUGGAUCAAAACCAGCACAGCUGACCCACACAUGUUUCCCUUGACCUUCUUUGGUCAGUUUGUAUGUUCAGUGGCCACAGUUUACCUUCUUGGCAUACCAUCAAGGCUGGCAUCUUUGUGGUUUGGGCAAAAAGAGGUGUCCACUGCCUGUUCCAUUGGGGUUCUGGGAAACCAGCUGGGCGUUGCCAUUGGCUUCUUGGUCCCCCCAGUGCUUGUCCCCAAUGUGGAAGACAAAGACGAGCUAGCACAUCACAUCCAGGUCAUGUUCUACAUCAGUGCAGGGAUAGCCACCAUCCUCUUUGUCCUCAUUGUCCUUGUCUUCCAGGAAAAGCCUGAACUACCACCAAGCCAGGCCCAAGCUCAGGCCAGAAACUUCCGUCAUGAUGAGUAUUCUUACUCUGCUUCAAUUUUAAGACUACUGAAAAACAAGGCCUUUAUGCUUCUGGUGGUCAGCUAUGGAGUCAAUGUUGGUUGUUUUUACUCUGUGUCCACACUGCUGAACCGGAUAAUUCUUGAAAAGUAUCCUGGUGAAGAGGUGAAUGCUGGGAGAAUUGGUCUGACUAUUGUCAUUACUGGAAUGGUUGGGUCCCUCAUAUGUGGCAUCUGGCUCGAUAAGACCAAGACUUACAAACAGACCUCCUUGGCCGUGUACAUCCUCUCUCUCUCUGGGAUGCUGGUGUUUACCUUCACGUUACAUUUAGGUCAUCUUUGGUUGGUGUUUGUGACAGCUGGUGUUUUAGGUUUUUUUAUGACUUGCUUCCUACCUCUGGGGUAUGAGUUUGCUGUGGAGCUAACAUUUCCAGAGUCUGAGGGAACGUCUUCUGGUUUGCUUAACUGUUCAGCUCAGAUCUUUGGCAUUAUUUUCAUCAUAUCACAAGGAAAGAUUAUUGAUAUAUGGGGCACUUUUGCUGGUAACAUGUUCUUGAUUAUCUUCUUACUCGUUGGAACAGCAGUAACAGCAUUUAUCAAAGCAGAUCUGCGAAGACUAAAAGCCAAUACCCAGAAUCUGGUGCAGGCAGUGAGUUCUGCAGGCCCUGUGUUUUCUUCACUACAGCAUUAUGGUGGUACUUCCCGCAGCGGCCCCUGGCGGCCCUAAAAAAAAACAUUUACCUUACAAGGUAUGGGCCACUCUACAGAGGUGAUUUGUCUAGUUUUUGUACACACUGGGUAAUUUGUGUGAUGCUAUUUAGCAUUUAUAUCAGAUUAUUUUGCAGAGGAACAGAUUAAGGUAAACUGCUUUAAGAUGUUAAGACAUAGUUGGAUAUUGGUAACACUUAAAGUUUAGGUUUUAUAAAUUAUACUUUCCUUACUGUGAUAGGGUCCAGUCACCCAUAACCUUCUUCAGGAUAAAGUGGGAGAAGAUGAAUGAAUCUUUUUUUUUAAUUGCUUCACAAACUAAUUGAAAUAUUUUUCUUGCCUCUGACUAGACUCUGAACACUGAAGGAGCUACGGUUGAAGAGUUCUUGUCACCAGAAACCUUAAGUUCUGGUGAAGAUAAGACCUCACAAAUGCACAAAUAAAAUGUAUAAGUUACUGAACGCAACAUCAGAAAAAAGCUACACAACUUUAAAUUAAGCUCAGUGGCACACUGUAGCACACUGUAAUUCAAUCUGCAAACUGCACUUUGACCUCAUCAUUACCUACACUCUGAGCCAGAGUACAACUUUGUCUGUGUUCUUCUGGCUCUUUUUGUCUGUGAAAAUAUAUAUAUAUUAUUGACUAUUAUAGCCUUUGUAAUGUUAGUACAGAGGGUUUACUUUUAUUCACAUAGUUUACUUACCAUGCAGGUAUGUUUAAAUUUAGGGGUUCUCUGACAGUUGUAUCCACUCAGGAUCAUUAUACACUGUACUAGUGAUGAUGCUAUGCAUCGAUUUAUACAAUUGAUGCCAUAAUACACUCUUAAGUGACCUUCUUUAUCUAUGUGUAAUAUUGGGGUAUAUUUGUAUUGCUCACCUACAGCAAUAAGUUAACUUACUUUGUUCUUGUCAGUGUGUUGUGUGUUACUGACAAAUAUAGGGCUUUGGAUGGUAGAUUUGUGUCUGUAUCCAUGUACUGAACAACUUUGCAACAAUAUUUUCUGUGCCUAACAUUGAAAUGAGCAUUGUAAAGUAUAAACAUUAAUGUGAUUUGGUAACAA